AUCCACAAGGGACACACUGACAUUUCACAGCAUAGAUUAAGCAGCCAGACAGAGACUACUGUGGAAAAAACAAAUAAAACUCCUGGACUAAUGAUUUUGAUUUAUGAAUAGAAAUGAAAGUAAAUGAAUGAUAGUUUUCAGGAAGAUUUGAGCAUUUGUAAUUUGGGGCUGUCAGCGCAACAUAAAGAAUAUACUGCUUGUAAUAUAAGGAUUAAUAGUGCUCAUAAUUCAGCUUUCAUUCAGAGGUUAAAUCUGCAGGUAAUAAUAAAAUAUUGUGGACGUCCAUUCUGUAAUAUGAAAACUAAUAAUAUGCAGUUUCUGUUUGUUAAAAUGAUGGAUUGUAUGGCCACCCACCACAGAGGCGUUUACAGAAUGAAUUGCAUAGUUAUAUACAGAACCACAAAGGAAUCCAGGGCCGCUCUGUGAUGCAGACAUCAGGACACUAAAGAAACUACCAUUAUUAAUUUCGGACAGCUUAUAUUUGUGUUUUUUGUUUCCUUUUUAUUUCCAAUUUGUCAUCAGCGAGUAGUCAAAGAAAUUGAGUUAAAUUUCCUUUGUUUCACGAGUGUGUUUGUUUGUUUCAGCUUAGCUUUUAUUGCUUGGAAAUGUUUAGUUUUGUUUUGUUUUAUUUUUCUCAGUUUCAGUGUUAGUUCUAGUCUUUGGUUAUUAUAAUGUAGGUCUGCUUUUAAAGGACAAAUUUAUAAAGUUCAGAUCAGUUAUUAGGAUUUGACUCACAUCUAUGUACAUGUGCCAGACUCAGUUCACACUGCUGCCUCAUACUUAAUGUGUUUAGGAAUUUGAAACUAAAACUAAAGGUAUUGCCUCUGUGUCUUUACUUUGUAAUGAUGUUUUUCCCUUUAGUAAGAAACAUUGUUUCGUUAAGGUUUUUUUUUUUUAAAUGUAUUUGGGGUUUUUUGUAUUUCUGUUAAGAAUUGAUUGAUUGACUAAUUUAUUUUUUACACCAACAGUAACAUAUAGUUAUUUUAAGUAACUAUAACAACGAUAACUCAAAUCAUGACUUAACCAGUUGAGUUGUGUUGGGUGGUCUUUGGAUUCCCCAACAGUUUAUGACAGUAGCUUGUUACUAUUUAUUUCACCAUGGCAAAGCAUGUCAUACAUUUUAAAAAUAUACUAAAGUGCGUUUCUUAGAUUUUACAUUGUGUAUCACUUAUUGUCAUUAUAACAGAGUGACUGACUAAUCUGUGAUUAUAUCUGUGAUUAUCCUGUUAGCGUGCUGUGUUUUCCAGUUUAAUUCCCGUCUUAUUUUACUUGUAGUCUGCUAUUGGUGCUCAGCAUGUACUAGGCUACGUCUCUUUGUCACUUCGACUGUGAAGCAGGCUGUGCUGCCUUCCUUAGAUGUUUCAUAGAAUUGAUUGUGACUGGGGUGUGGUCUUUGUAGCUGUUAUGCAAAAUUUUUCACUCAUGAAACAUCAGCAGAAUGACAAGACCCACGGGCUAAAUGGACGACUCCAGAUCCAGAUAUGCUCAGCAUAUUAAACAUGUAGUUGGUUUUGCAGGGAUUUUAUGGCUUUGACUUUAUAGUAAGUAGCUUUAUUGACCAUUAAUAUAUCUUUUCACUUAUAAACAUCCUUGUUCCUUUACCUGCUUGUAGUAAAGUCCGUUCAGUUAUACUGACAUAAUCAGGGGUUUAUUCCCUGUCAGAGCAAUAAAAUGAGUGUUUCUUUUCAAUGUUUAACUCUAAGGCAUGUUUACAAUGGGUACUGCUUUUCUUCCAUGCUAUAAUAUAAUAUGCAGUGCUCACAAGGUUUAUGAAACCAUCACUCAUUUGUUUGUUCUGCAUGUGCUGCUGGGGAAUAAAUCAACCAGUUCAUGAACCAGCAAAGGGUUACACAUGCAGUGCUAAGUGAAAGUUCAAAGGUGCUCUUUGAAACAAUGUGACAGAAGUUCUUGGUCAGUGAAAUCAUUACUGAUUUAAGCAUGACCUUUUGUUUAUCUUACAGACUCAGAAAGGCCUUUCCAACAAAGUAAGAGCUCAGCCGAAACAGUGCACACUGUGUAUAUCACAUUGCAGGGGGCUGAUGGCUCUGCCCAGUGCAGAUAAACGUUCGAGUCACUGUCUGCAUGAGAUUAGAGCGCAGUGGAAAAAAUCUGGCUGAUUGUUCUUCAGCUGCGCUCAGAUGGAGUAAAAGUUAUUAAGGGAUUCACUUGUAGGUGCUAUUUGAAGCAAUACUGAUGUCAGCAGGGCCAAAGUCAAGGCUGACUACAGUAAUUGAUCUUAGGAGGGGCACGCUUUAUCAUUUAUGGCCGUUCUUUACUACCCCUCCCACAGGCAUCUGGCAAGAGGUUACAUCAUAAUGGCACCAGCAAAACAGAAAUAGAAAAGAUUUAAACAUUAAAUCCUUUGUUCAUCCCUGUGAAAUGUUGACUGUAUUUGUUUUGGCUGAUGAGGAGCACAUCCUAUUUUGAUGAGCCAGUGUUAAAUGUUAAAUGUCAAAAUAAGGCCAGAAUAGGCUCAUUUUUUAUAAGCAACUAAAUAUAUAAAAUAAAUAUAGAUGAUCAAAUUUGAUAUAGCAUUUUGAUAUUUGAGUACACGUUUUUCAAGUUUAAAAGGUCGUUAACCUGAAUUUGCAAAUCAGUUUUUGUUUUUUUUGUUUUUUACAGGUGAUCAGUUUGAGAUUCAGUAGCGCUUAAUUUCAUCUACAAAAUUUAUUUAUUUGUAAGAAAGGAUUUACAUUAAAAAAAGAAAGAAAGUAAAAAGUACUAUUAACUUUGUUAACAGUUACAGCAUAAACAUAUUUAAUUAAAUUUUUAUUUGAAUAAAGAAGUCUAAGGAUAUUUGAAGAGGUAAUUUUCUGUCGAAAAUCACAACUGGCAGUUUUCACGGCCACAAAAAUGAAUUAAAAAAAUAACCAGUAGUUGUAGGCCAACGACAAAUGUGUAUAUUCAACCAGAUGUGAGUAAUGGGAAGCAGCUGUAGCUUGUGGCACUGGCGUGCUUGAUUCUACCCGACUUGUGAUUGUUCUAGAUGUCUUUGAGGGCCCACAAACAUCAUGGUUCACAACAACCCUGACUGACAGCACACAACAACAGAGAAUGACGCAGAAUGGCCACAAUCAUUUUUGCAACAAGUCAGAAAAUUUCUGAAUGGCAAGACAGCAAAGAGAGAGAGGGAGGGGGGCUUUGUUUGUGGGUCCAGUGUUGCCCUGCGUUGCUGGAGCAGUGUCAGACCACCGGAGAGUCAAACCGAGGUUUAAUUUCACACAGAAUGCAUUGCCAGUCGUGUCGUGGACUUUGCUCUAAAUGGGAACUUGUUCACUAUGGAGCCGCUGCCAGAAUCUUUGUCAACAGAAGCUUGGCAAUGGAGAAGAUUAAGUGCUUUGGCUUUGAUAUGGAUUACACUUUAGCAGUGUAUAAGUCACCUGAAUAUGAAUCAUUAGGCUUUGAGCUGACAGUGGAACGGCUAGUGUCCAUCGGUUAUCCUCAGGAGCUCCUGAGCUUCGUCUAUGACCCAUCAUUUCCCACCAGAGGCCUUGUGUUUGAUACCAUGUAUGGAAACUUGUUGAAGGUUGAUGCUUACGGUAAUAUCCUGGUCUGUGUCCAUGGAUUCAACUUCCUGCGAGGCCCAGAGAUCCGUGAACGUUACCCCAACAAGUUUAUCCAGAGAGAUGAUACAGAGCGUUUCUAUAUCCUCAACACCCUCUUCAAUCUGCCAGAGACCUACCUUUUUGCUUGCCUUGUGGAUUUCUUCACCAACUGUGAUAGAUAUGACAGCUGUGAAACUGGCUUCAAAGAUGGCGACCUCUUCAUGUCCUUUAAAAGCAUGUUCCAGGAUGUCCGGGAUGCUGUUGACUGGGUCCAUUUCAAGGGUACGCUGAAGGAGAAGACUGUGGAGAACUUGGAGAAGUAUGUAGUGAAAGAUGGAAAGCUGCCUCUUCUUCUCAGCCGAAUGAAUGAAGUAUCCAAGGUUUUCUUGGCAACCAACAGUGACUACAAAUACACUGAUAAAAUCAUGACCUAUUUGUUCGACUUCCCUCAUGGCCCAAAGCCUGGCACCCCGCACCGGCCCUGGCAGUCCUACUUUGAUCUGAUCCUGGUGGAUGCCAGGAAACCGCUGUUCUUCGCAGAGGGUACAGUGCUCAGACAAGUGGACACAACAACAGGACGUCUAAAGAUAGGAACCUACACAGGACCACUGCAACAUGGGAUAGUCUACUCUGGAGGCUCUUCAGACAUUGUGUGUGACUUGCUGGGGGCCAAGGGAAAGGACAUAGUAUACAUCGGGGACCAUAUUUUUGGAGAUAUCCUCAAAUCCAAGAAACGUCAAGGCUGGAGAACAUUCCUGGUUAUACCUGAGCUGGCCCAGGAGCUUCACGUGUGGACCGACAAGAGCUCAUUAUUCGAGGAACUCCAGGGCCUGGAUGUUUUCUUGGCAGAACUCUACAAGCAUCUGGAUAGCAGCAGUAAUGAAAGGCCAGAUAUCAGCACUAUCCAGAGGAGAAUCAAGAAAGUGACACAUGACAUGGACAUGUGCUAUGGCAUGAUGGGUAGCCUGUUCCGCAGUGGCUCCAGACAGACUCUCUUUGCCUCACAAGUGAUGCGUUACGCCGACCUGUAUGCAGCCUCCUUCAUUAACCUGCUGUAUUACCCCUUCAGCUACCUCUUCAGAGCGUCACACAUACUAAUGCCCCAUGAGUCAACAGUUGAACACACCCACGUGGACAUCGACACAGAGUCCCCGCUGGCUACCCGCAACCGCACCCACUGCAGCGACUGCAAAGAGCUAGAGUGCAAGCGCAACCAGCUGACCCGCUCAUUCAGCGAGAUCAAGCCACCCAACCUGUUCCCUCAGACUCCCCAGGAGAUCACUCACUGUCACGAUGAGGAUGAUGAUGAGGAGGAGGAGGAAGAAGAAGAAGAGUAAUAUAAUAGGACCUUUAGAGGGGAGCCAUGUUCCCGUUCCUGCCUUCUUAUCUUUCCUAGUAGAGUCAAGUAGUGAUUGCUUUCAAAGCGAGGCAGAGAGGGGAAAACAUCUCCAGUGUGCAUAGGUGUGAUCACACACGCUCACACACGUACACAUUCUUCAAAUUUCUGAGGAUAAGUGUAAAGGACCAGUAGCAAGAGAGAUCAUAUGACUGUCAGAAGACUGCAUGCUCGGUCCUCUAAACAAAACCUGUAUGAGCUUAGUUAAAAAAGAAAACAAACACAAACUUCUUGAUUUGUAAAUUCAUUUGAUUUCUGUAUAAUUCUCCCAGCAGACAGACAGAGCACACACACUCAAACAGACAUCACACACCACGUUUCUUUAUCUUUUUAUAAGCUGAGUUUUAAGUCCUGCUGGUGGAUCACUUAGUUUUGGUCAUGUUUACGGUUUAAUCCACCAAGUUUGGACUUUCUACUGUAGUUUGAAGUGUAACACAAACUGACAGAAUAUGCACAUUGCAGUCACGGGCAAAACACUUUUCAGCGUAAGUGCCGAAAAAUCAGUGCAGACAUUAAACAUUUUUAUAUGCAACAUGGGAACAACAUUCAAUUUUUUUUUUAUCCAUUUUGUUUUAUUUGCUUGUCUUUAUAGAGCUGUAACUUGUAUGUGAGAGUAUUUCUGUGUGUGUUUCUGUCACGGUAGACUCAUUCAUACUUUAGCAUCCUGAGUGACGGUAAGCAAAGAAGAUGUUGGACAAAACUGAAGCACAAGCUCGCACCACUCGAUACCCAGAUGAAUAUCUUUUUUGACUUGUUUGGAGUUUGGUUAGGCGUACACAAUGGAGGCUAUUGAAUUGAUGCUUUGUUACCAAGCAACAAAGAGGACAGAGUAUCUAUAUUUUAUCCUUAGUCUCUAUGACUACCCCGAAACACAGUACUGUUUCUAUAAAUACCUGUAAGGUAAAUGAGAUGAGUUAAUCGUUCAACACCAUGAGCGGGCUGUUAUGCAGUAUUUGUCAGCUUGAUUGUUUUGGAAGUAUAACGUGAGUAUUUCAUUUAUCAGAUUUUUUUUCUUUUUUGGUAAGGGGGGUGUACAGUACAAGGUCUUCAAGUUUGUUAUUUUGCAAAGUGUGUAAAAAAGGAAAGAGCAUGAAAGUGGAUUCGGCAUGUAAUGAAAGUAGUGUUUUCGACAAAAAACUUAAUUGAAAAGGUCUAAUGAGUUUUAGCUGACUUUUAUCCACAGGUCCAGUAUUAGCAUGCCAUUCAUAGGAUGAAAUAUGAACUGUGUUUACAGUAUUUUGCUAGCGGGCUUCUUAACACUACUAUGUGUUGUAGAUCGUGUUCACAGGUCAGAAAUGAGUGAAGUGCUCCAACAUUAAAUGCUUGAUUUUGCAUUUGCUCUGAUCGUUGCAACAAAAUACAAGCUUGUUAAACUUAAAGCUCCUGAAAACUUAUUCUAAAACACCUUACACACUUCGUCUUAUACGACUUCUAUUACGCAUAAUAUGAUGUGGCACGACCAAAAUGAUUGUGACCGUGUGCAAUUAACUUCCAAAUUGUUGCCUUUGAAAUGAUUUCUUCAAUUAUGGAAAUUAUGUCUGCAACCAGUCACAGUCAGUUGCCCUCUUCAAAGUGUGUUUUGUGUUAAGAUGGCGAUAAAAUAGCAAAAGGAGUCAACCUGUUAUCAGUUUGCAACAGCAAAAUGGGGUCAGUCUGUCUUUGACGUUAUGGUGAUGAAUUUGCAAAAUCACAAAUCUGUUGCAAAUUUGUUUUCUGUUUACAUACACAGAAAUUCAUAUUAACUACUUGCAUUCAGAGUCCAGUCAGCGCCUCAUAGAAAUUCAGAAAUUCUUCCACAAAUGGUGGCAUAGUUGCUGCUGGAUAGCGAUUGAACUGCAAAAUGACCUAAACCUUGCCUGUUUUAUGGGAAUUUAACCAGAAUACAACCAGCUGGUAACCAGCUGAGUCGCGUCUUGGAAAGAGAUGCGCUCAGAUUGAUUGCAACAUGUUGACUCUAGUUAUUUGAAUACCUUCAGUCCACGUUGGACCACAAAUGUUUGGAGACAGGUUGCAUUUAUGCAGUCACUGUGUGAUUGCUAUGAAGCUUGUUAUAGACUUCAUAGCUUAGUCCAUAGCUGUGGACUUUUCUGCUUAGUUUUUUUUUUUUUUUUUUUUUAAAUCCUAAAUGGAAAAACAAUUUUUGAAUCAAUAUCAAAAGUUUUAUUUUAUUUAAUUUUGAAAACUUUGGUUGAGGUGGUUUAGUAGGGGUUAUGAUAAAAGGAAAAUGUGACAAUGGAAACAAAACGUGACACUUCUGCUUGAAGUUUGAGCCCCUCUCCAAUGGCACCAAUCAGAUUCAUUUAAAAUGCACACGCAAACUUACCUAAUGACCAAACUACCCGCCAAAAAAAAAAUCUUCCAUUAAAUUAUUAAAACUGUGCAGAUUUUGUUCAUACUGGACUCUGCUGAUCAUCAAGAAAAGGUGAUGGGAAAAGUUUUCAGGAUCUUUAAUGCAGAUAUCAGUGGCAUCAGUGUUCAUACACAAGGUAGAGUGCUGCCUCAUAUUAUUUUUUUCAAACAGCAACUUUUUUUUUCUCCCCCUUUUCCUACCAUCCACUAAAAACAACGUUAAGCUGCCUCACCUUUUUAAAGUAAGUCUCGACCUCUUCUGUCUUCAGUGUGUUGGAUCGGCCUUUUGAUUUAGGCCACAAAAAGGGAAGGAACAUGCCGUUUAGUUUUUGGAAUGAUUUUUGGUUUGGCUUGAUGUGGAGUGAGUAGUGGUGAAUGUGCUUAAUGCGUUGGAUAAAACCAUGUUGAACAUAUAUGAACAUAUUACAGCUGUUUAGGCUUUGUUUUUUUGUUUGUUUGUUUUUUUUUUACAAGUGAAAUAUUUAUAUUUUAUGUUCUGAUGUUUGUUUCUUGAACAUAGAAUAACUGGAUAUGCUACAUGAUGCAGCUGCAUUGCCAGCGUGGAAGAGGUGACUGUCUUUGCAUCAUUUCAUGUGAAAAUAACAACAGUAUCCGCUCCGCUGUGGCCGUUAUGGUAGCAUCAGUUUGACUUCUAUGUGAGGCUGCUGUCGGUGUAGUUUACACAGAGAGGAUAGAGAGAAAAAACAAACUGUAAGCCUGCAAAAAAAAAAAAAAAAAAAAAUCUUAAAAUGAAGGGAAAUGUGA